AUGACGGUACCCAAAUAUUUGACACAGAACAGAGGUGCUAUCAGUGCAUUCAUAGACAAAUACGACGUCUUCCUCUGUGACUGCGACGGUGUUCUCUGGUCCGGUGAUUAUGUUUUUCCCGGCACGGUCCAUACACUGGAACUACUCCGGAAACAGAAUAAACAGGUCUUGUUCGUGACCAACAACUCGACCAAAUCCCGACAAGAAUACAAGAGGAAGCUGGAACAAAUCGGUUUGCCGACGAGUAUAGAGGAGAUCUUUGGAUCGUCCUACUCUGCAAGCGUAUUUAUUGCGAGAAUACUACCCCAGUCAUACCCCGAGCUGAAGAAGAGGAACAAAGUCUUCGUGAUAGGAGAGGCUGGAAUCGAGACAGAGCUAGACGCCGAAGCCAUACCAUAUCUUGGAGGUACCGAUUCCACUUACAGACGAGAAAUGACGCCCGAAGACUACCAGUUACUCGCCGCAGGUGAUCCUUCGGUACUGGACCCGUAUGUUGGAGCGGUGCUCGUGGGCUUGGAUUUCCAUUUUAAUCACCUUAAGGUAUGCUAUGCGUACCAUUAUAUUAGACGCGGAGCUCUCUUCCUGGCAACGAACCUGGAUUCGACUAUCCCGUCUGCUGGUGGCCUUUUCCCUGGAGCAGGAUCCGUUGUUGCGCCACUGGUUAAGAUGCUCGGCGGUCAAGAGCCCCUAGUAUUUGGAAAACCGAACCAGGCAAUGAUGGAUGCGAUUCAAGAAAAGGUCAAGUUUGACCCGAGGAAAGCUUGUAUGGUAGGCGACCAAACAAGUACUGACAUCAGGUUUGGGAUAGAAGGUAAACUCGGAGGAACUUUGGGAGUGCUGACGGGUGUGGCAACUAAGCACGAUUUUUUUGAUGAUGAAUUUCGACCGCAUUACUAUAUUGAUAAAUUGGGGGAUCUUUUGGAAGGAGCAUAG